UCUCCCUUCAAACGGGAAACAAGAUGGCGGCGGCAGGUCCGAGCACUCGGGCUUCUUCCGCGGCGGCCACGGCGGCUCUGAGUCGGCGGGGCCGGCGGGGCCGCUGUGACGAGAUGGCGGCCGCGAAGACCGGGCUUCCGGGCCCGGCCUCUAGCCCCGCGUUGUUAGUGUUACCGCCGCCGCCACGGCCGGAGGAGUCGGGCUGCUCCGGGUGCCUGGAGACCCCGGGGGAAGCGGCGGCCCUGCCGUGCGGCCACUCGCGGUGCCGAGGCUGCGCCUCCCGCGCUGCGGGCCCGGGCUGCCGUCGCUGUCGUCCCCGGGGUUCGGGCUGGGCCCGACGUCGGGCCCGCGACGACGGCCAGGCCGCCACGGAGCUGCUGAACGAGCGCGCCCGUCGCGGACAACCAGAGCGCUGCCGCUCGCGCCGGGACGGGGGCGCGGCCGGCGCGGGGCCCAGGCCGGACCCGGAGCCGCGCGCGGAGCCAGAGUUUAUAUUCAGAGCACCAAUCAAAUUAAGCAAGCCUGGAGAACUUCGUGAGGAGUAUGAAUGUCUAAGAAAGCUGAGAGAAGAGAAGUUACAGGAAGAAAAAACUUGUGAAGAUAAGAUCCACAAGGUACUGCAGGAGGAUUCAGAAAUGGGAAAAAGGAAAACGGAUGAACAGAAAACAAGAGAUGAGCCAGUGGUGCUGAAAACAACUCUGGAGCAGUGUCCUGCACGUCUCUCGGAUUCAGAGAAUGAAGAACCUUCUCGGGGCCAAAUGAUACAGACACAUCGCUCGGCCUUUGUCUCCAAGAACAGCUCCUACUCCUUAGCUUUCCUGGCAGGGAAGCUAAACACCAAGGUGCAGAGGAGUCAGAGCUGCAGUGACACGGUUCAGGACCGAGUGAAGAGCAGGCUCAGAACUGCUCCACCCAACAGAGCCAAGGUCACAACUAUAACUCCAGGGUCCACCCCCAUUAUUGGUGUUCUCUUGUCCACUCAAAACAACCGCUGCCUCUCAGCUCCUGACUUAACCAUAGAAAAGCGCCUGCCCUUCAGCUCCCUUUCAUCCUUGACUUCUUUGCAUAAGCCAGAGCGCUCUAUCAGCCCUGAAAGCAACGACAGCAUCUCUGAAGAACUAAACCACUUCAAGCCCAUCGUCUGCUCACCAUGCACCCCUCCCAAAAGACUCCCUGACGGCCGUGUGCUAAGUCCUCUCAUCAUCAAGUCAACACCUCGUAACCUGAACAGAAGCCUGCAGAAGCAGACUUCCUACGAGGCUAGUCCACGGAUCCUCAAGAAGUGGGAACAGAUCUUCCAGGAACGGCAGAUCAAGAAGACCCUUUCCAAAGCCACUCUCACCUCCCUGGCCCCUGAAGGAUGGGAGGAGUUACCAGGCUCUGAAGCUAUUCAUUCUAGCAAGGAGAGGCCGCCUCUGGCUCUAAGUACAAAACUGUCCAGAGCCCAGGUGCUCUCAGAGUGUGCUGGGCCCACAUCUACUACCCUUGAAUAUUUCCCUUCUGUUAACCAGACAAAAGCAGAACAGGACUGUGUUAGAAAAAGGAGCCAUGAGGUUCCAGUGGAAUCCUGCCAUUCCUCAGAGUACAGAGUUGUAGCCAGUGGGCCUUCUUUGGAAGGGGAGCAGUCUGAAGAGUCAAGGUCCACCCUAGAUGCCACGUUAGACAAAACUUGCACGAGCACAGUCAUGAAGACUUCAGCAGUUAAUUCAGUGCUACCCAAAAAUGAUGUUUUGGGUGGGGUCCUCAAAACAAAGAAACAGCUGAAGACACUUGGUCAUUUUGAUCUGGCUAAUGGCAUUCUGGUUGACAGCCUAGGAGAGGAGUCAAUUCCUUCCUUGCGUAGGGGCCGGAAAAGACGUUGUAAGACCAAGCACUUGGAACAAAAUGGUGUUAAGAAACUGCGACCACCCAGCAGUGACAUGGGCCUGGCCCCCAAAGACCCAGGACUGCUUGAGGUGGGGCGGAAAUGGCAGCAGGAGGAUGCGGGCCCGAUGGCUAUCCAGUCACAGUGCAUAUUUGACGGUGAGAGGCGGACUGUGAGCCGGCGGAAAGGAAACAUGGAUCAGUAUCUCUUACGGUCCAGCAGCCUGGCUGGGGCCAAGUAGCACUUACUGAACAAUGUAAUGUUACGGCUUCUCAGAGGCCUUGGCCUCAGUCAUUUAUCCAAAAGAACUAGCUGAAUGGUCUCACUUUGAGUUUCUUUCGAUGGCAAAACACUGUCUAAUACGGUUCUGAGGGGCUUCAGGACCUUGGUAAUCAAAGCCAAGGGUCUGUAUCUUGGGCUCUCUAGGACCUGGGCCAUGCUUCUCACCCCCCGAGUGAGCCAACUCUGAAGGCUGCCAGGCCCAAACCUGGCAGCACCCACUUGGAAUGAGAUUGAGAUUGGCCUCAUUCAUGAACGUGAUGGCCAGAGUGAGAGACGGCAGGGAGAGAGUACCUUCUCACACUCGUGAGACCCCCCAGCUUCUUACGACAGAGUAGUGUUUAAGUCAGCCUUGCAGAUAAAGAUCCACUCUUCAGAGACAAGCAGUGCAGUGCUUGGGAAGAUCCGAGAUGAACAGCACAGGUGAUCAUGUUCGUCUGUCUUCCCUGUGUGACUCUGCAUACCUAAAUCAGUUGAGCUUAGAACCUUUGCUUCUCCACAAGUUAAUUUGCAUUCCCUGUUUAAACUAUGACAUUUGACUGAUGCUGUGAUUGACACCUGGUCUUCUUGGUAUCAGCUUGAUGAAGCUGCAGUGCAGGUGUUGAGGUUCUCAGCUGCCGAGUGGUGUCGCCCAGGCUGACCACUGUGUCUCCUGGAUUCUCCACAACCACAGGGUGCCUGAGGGCAUGCCUGCCAGGGCGGCCUAGGGACUGGCUGGGCACUGGGUGUGACAGUGCAAAGCCCCCCGCGGAGCAGUUAACAUUGCUGGGAUGUAAACGGUAGAACUGCGGUGGCUCACCUACCCCGUUUACAGGCUCUGCUUCCCUAGGAGUCCUAUCCUGAGAUAGCUAUAAGGUUUUCUUACUACUUUCCACUUGGCAAUGGCUAUCUGAAAUUUUGGUCUAAAAAUCAUGAAAAACUUGCCCCAGAGUCAGGCAAAGGUCAAUGCUGAGACUCCCAUACUGUGGAAACAAGGUAUCUAGCUGGAUGCAGCUGGUAAAUUCAGUCCCAUGGACCUUUGGGGUUUAUUUUUCUUAGCAGCUGACACCAUGUGUCUUUUGCAUCCCUGGUGGUGCUUGGUGCUUCUGCCUUUCUGGGCUCAGUGAGAAUAGGGAUUCUGAUAGGAUUUUAGGGACUCUCAGGUGGGCUGGCGUUCCCUUUGUAUGAGCUGUUACCAUAGUCAUGUGACUGGCAUUUUAACAGACCUUCCAGAGCUUCUAUACCUACCCUAUGCAGUCUCCCUUGAAAGGUCCCAGCAGGAUACUGCGUAGUUCUCCAGUGAGUUGCCUUUGAUCAGAGAGUUUCUGAAACAAAGUGUAGAAAUAGCUAGAGGAUAACCCCUCCUCAGUGGCUGAGAGAGGUUACCUGUAGUGCUGUUUCCUCGGGGCAGAUGUCAGUUUUGGGGAUUGUAGGAGAGAAAACCUCAGAUUUGGAAUUAGCCCAAAGGUGGUUGAAGCUCCUAGGGAGGGGAAGGAGCACAUGGAGUCCCAAGAAAGCUGUCCCUUGGAGCAGACAGAGCUCUUUCUCUGCAGCUCAGAACUGACUGUUCCCGGGGAUGCUGGAUGUGUGUGGCCAUCGCCGAGAUAGGUGGCUUCAGGGGAGUCCUGGGGUGUGGUGUGUCUCUAAAACAUGCGGUAGUCUCGUUAUACUCAUACCACUUUACUUCUUAUGUUAGUGCCCAAUAGGAGGGCUGGCCCUGGGCUGCAGAUACAGGAGAUUCCAUUAGAGAAAACUUGGAAAUUUUUGCCAUUUCAUAUAUUUGUUUUAUGAUCUUAGUUAUUAUUGGAAGGCUAGUCUUACUAGGUAGUAGCAAAGACACUUAUUUUUCCACAUGUCACCCUUUUAUAUGCCAUUGGCCAUUAGAAAAACACUUUCAGUUGGAGUUAAUUUUUGGUUUUGGGAAAAAGAAAAUAUUUUUAAUAGUUGAGAAAUAUAUAUUUUAAAUAUCCCCCCUGCCCCUAGUUACUGCCUUGACUCUAAGAGUGUGCACAGCAGUGAUGACAAGCGUACCUGCAGGUGCGGUGCUGCGGAACAGUGUACACUGAGGAGGAAAGGCUUCCUUUUUAGUCCGCUUAGCUUCGAAGGUGGGAAAACUACUGAAGCACUGCAUGCAAGGUGCUCUCGCAUGUGGUCACUGGAGCCCUUCACAGCUACAGCUGUUGACUCGGGAGAACUGGUGGGCUAGAGGGAAAGACAUCACUUCACAACCCUCGUUCUGCUGUGCUCCUUCUGUAUGUGCAUUCCGCUUGUUUUCUUACUAGAGUAAGAGGAGGGUGAGUCUUUCUAAGAGAUGUGCCAUUCCUCAAGAGGGUUGGUAGCCCUUCUCCAGAAAGGUAACCUUAGUGACAUUCCUGAGUAGCUGAGUACCUGUUGGGAGAAGUCAUCUGGACCAGAUGGAUUGGUAUCAAGUCAGGGAUUAUUCAACCAGCAACUGACCUCUAUCCCUUAGUUACCUCUUGUCUAGGAAUUCUUUCCUAACUGACCUUAUUUGUUAAAAGAAACAAAACAAAAAAUCCAAAACUUUCUUUUGUGGGGAGAGUAUACUGGUCAUAAAUGUCCCUUAUUAUUUUUUAAGGUAAAAUGCCCCUCAGAGAGUAAAGCUAUUUCAUUAAUUAUUGUCUGGUUACAAACUAGCCACUGACUAACAUGGGCAGCUGCUGAUUGAAGGCUGUGUUCAUUCAGUAGGCGCUUUUGAGCUCUUAGACCACCCCACCCUGUGCUGGACCAUAGGAUAGUCCCCGUUAGGAGGGGGGCGUGUCUAGUGCACUGUGCGUGCCCGUGUGUUCGGCCAGAGAGUGUGUUAAUGAUCUCUGGACAGCCAUUUCCUCUGUAGCAGAGAGAACUAGCACUUAGCCUGCCACCAGCAACAUUUCCCACUCCUUGUCAGUAUUUAUGAGCUGGUUAACUCUGCCUUUUCCCGCUUCCUAAGUAACUUUCUCAGGGAAGAGUGGAUGUUCUGCAGUGGUUAUAGAACAGUCACCUGUUCAGAAGCUGUAUUUACAUCAAGUCCUAAGAAAUGAGGCAGGUCUGGAUCACUGGCAGGGCCAGAGAAGCCCAUUCUUCAUUUUAGUGAUCUCCUAAUGCAUUCCCCAAGCUGACCUCUCACCAGAACCGGCAGUGACCUGGGGUUUCUUCUUCCUAGCUUGUCACUGAAGUGGAGAGCCAUCAGGAGACGGUAGAGGCUAGCUCAUCAUCGUGGGAUAUUAAAGCUGGACCAGCCCCAGCCCCACUUUAAAUGAAGACCCACUGUUCUGGUUUCUGCUGUAGUUUUCUAGGGCAGAAUAAUAGUGAAAGUCACACAAUUUGUGAAUGAAGGGGACACCCAAGUGACAGAGGUUUUAGAAUGGCUGUUUUGUUUCUUUCAAUUAAGUUGUACCUAUAUCCCCUGAAUAUGUCCAUAAUAUACAGAGUACUUAAUAGGGAAAACCCCAUAGUGUGAACUAAGUAAUAAGUGGAAUUUUGUUGUAGUUAUUUUAAUUACAGCCUUUGCUGUUUCUUUCAGAAUAAAAUUCCUUAGGGUCUUACACCUUUCUUAGCCAGCCCUUUGCUCCUCAACCAUAGGAUGCUCCCUAGACUUAGCGUUUAGAGAGGAUGGAACUGGUUAAAGUCUCAUGACCCAGGAGGGUGUGAGGACUAGGCUGCUGCACACAUUUUCUUUGAUGACCCAGAAAUGCACCUUUCACCAUAGCAUUCUGAAGACUUCUGUAGAAGACAUGUAGGAAGGAACACACAGAGGUGUCAACUUAGUCAAAGUGGAUGGUGGAAGAGGCACCAAAACCCAUGUGACCAGACUGCUCUGUGUCUGCCAGUUUUUCUUCUGAGGGGCAAAUAUACUCUUGUGUCCCCUUUGGGGCGUCUCAGGUCCAGAAGGAGUUAGACAAAGCCAUGCUAAGAUCAGGUUUGCUCCUCUCCCUUCCCUACCACCAAGUAUGAGCAAAAGACAGUGCAGGCUUCAGUGUUGAGCUGUGUAGGGUGUAGCCUUCUGGUGCCAGAUUCUUGUAGCAGCCGUCAGUUCUCCCUAGCUGCCACUUGCCCUCCAAGCUGAGAUUCCAGUUUGCAUCAGACAUGACCAUCAGCCCUAAGCUCCAGCAAAGCAAGAAACAGAUACUAUGCAAGACAAGUGGGUGUUCUUUUUCUCCCUUCUCCCCUCUUCCCCCUCCCUCUCUCUCUGCACCUGAUACACUGUUUACUCUUAGCUGUACAGAUAUAGUUGUCUUAAGAGCCAAGUACCAAACCUUUCCACCUAGAAAUAUAAAAUGGUUGUCUGUUUGGUUUUAGGCAAUCUGCUAUAGCUCCUUGUGAUCUGGUGGUUGUGACUUACUCAACCUGUUUACAUUAGGAUUGGAGAAGGGGCCCUGCAUCCUGGUGGACUGCCACUGCUGUCUGUAACCCCUUGACUCAUAAAGAGCCUUUUGACAGAGGACUUGGGACAAGGUAUGCCCUGUCAGGGAUGCUUUUCGCCACAGUGAAAUGGUGUGGAAUUGAGUGGGAGGUUGUACAACUAAAACAGAACCAAAGUGCAUUCUUCAUGUGUAUGCGCCUGUUCCAGGCGAGGCCCAGGUUGGAAAUGCAGUAAAGCAGACUUAUGAAAGCAAACAGUCUACUUCUGGUUAGUCUCGAGAGACCUGCGUCUGACAGUGUGGACUAAGCUCAAGGCAGGUGUUUGGGUGCUGUCCUGGGGCAGGGAGGUACCUGGGAUGGAAAGGCACUGGGGUGCGGUCUCCACAAGGAAUAAGUAUACCUUUUGAUGUAUUCUAAUGGACAGUAUUUAGUUUCCUGACCUCUUGUGAUCAUCCCUACUUCUCUGAAGACACAGUUUGCAUAAAGAAUGACUUGUGGGAUGCCAUCGUCCUUGCCCCUUACAGCUGUACUUAGAAAUACGAUUGUUAAACAUACUCUUCUUUGGAACCAUUGCUCAGAAAGACAUAAAAAAAAAAUACCUUUGACAUGAGUUUUUCACUGAACAUAGAACAAAUGUUAACCUGUUUCUCUUAAACUCAGAAAACGAACCUGGAAGACUCUGCAAGCCCAUGUGGGACCUUCGAAGACCUUCAGCCCAAGGCCUUCAAGGGAGAUUUGAAAAGCCAGCGGAGAUUUGAAAACAGUACUCGGUCCCUAUAGUAGCAAGAUGCUCAACGCACUGUUAAUUCCCCUGUAACUAGGUAUGGUGGGUGUCCUCCUUUACAGAUGGGAACUCCAGCACUGGCAGUGCAGAGCCUAGGUGCUGGGCCCUCUGACCCCAAAGCUGCUGGUUACCUCUUGUACUGCUGUAGCCUCAGAUAACCUUGCA